GUGACAGCCAUUCAGCAUUAACAUGCCAAACCAUUUUAGCAACCACUGACAAGAAUGGGAGCAAGCGAAAGAGAGAGAGCAAGAGCGAUUAGCGCCACUGCCUAACAGACAAAUAUCAUUGAUAAAAUCAUGGAAUUGUCAGAGAACACCGCAUUGAUUCCUUCCUCAGUCCCGUACCCAUGUCCUUCUCAUCUGGAGACCUUAAACACGAUGGAUCAACUGUUUGUGUACAAAGAAGAAACCGUAGCAGAACAUCUCGCAGAAGUUUGCUGUGGGAUAAAGCCUGUUAACAGUUAUUUUGUGACCGAUGGCACUGGGAACAAGGUUUUCAGUAUUCUUGAGGACAGCGAUUGUGGUGAAAGGUGUUGCUGUGGCGGUGGACGUUUUUUCACAAUGAAUGUUACUGACCACUCAAAUCUGAAGGUCAUCAGACUGGUGCAUCCAUCUGUUUGCUGCUGUGCCAGCCAUGAGCUGGAGGUUCAGUCCCCUCCAGGCAUUGCCAUCGGAUAUAUUCGACAAAACUGGUAUUGUUGCCUUUCUAAAUUUACUGUUGAGAAUGAACGAGGCGAACCAGCAUUUAAGAUCAAUAGACCAUUUGAUUGUUGCAUCAGCUGCAUGGAUCAUAACUAUGAGCUGCUGUCUUUGAAUGAGGAAGCGACGGAAAGACCAUUUGGCAACAUCAUCAGAUCUUCCUCAUGCUGUGGAUCAAACGCAGAUUUUGUGUUGAGGUUUCCACGCAACCUGGACGUCAAAAUGAAAGCUACUCUAAUGGGAGCCUGCGUACUUAUUGACUAUGUGAAUUAUCAGACGUCACAUGGUGAACCGCUCAUUGCUACCUUUAUAUCCUUGGCAUUUGGAUAUUUGAAAAUGUACUAGGCGUAUGAUUUCAUGCUAAACAAUCACGAUUCAGCUUCUCCUCCUCAAGGCCAUCCCCUGGAUCUUGGCACUGGAUGCCAGACUUCUGCAGGGGAUGGAGAGUUAUUAAUGAAUGAAUGAACUAAAUGAAUGAAUUAAAUGCUUUUGUCUGUUUUCGUCUCGAUCUGCCCCAUGAAAAGCUUUUGCGUAUCUCUCCCAUGCUCGGCACACUUACUACUGCUUUUUUUUGUAAGAGUAAGAGACCGUAUGACACUAGCCACGUUUCCAUUACAGAUUUCCGCAAAAAUAUGGUGACAAAAGUCAUUGGUUUCCAUCAACUAAAAAGUAACCCCCUUAUUUUUACAUACGCCGUGUGACCUGUAAAUGCGAAAA